AUGUGCUUGCUUUUGAGAAGACCAGUAAUCUUCAAAUUAGUACUAGGAAUAAUUACCAUGUUUAUUUUGUGUUUACCUGAAUUUUUCAAAAUACAAGAAGCUAACACUGUAAUUGUGUCAUGCACGGAUACCUGUUCAUCAAAUAACACCACUUUUCCCCUUUGCACUUUUAACAAUUCUUGCAAAAGAUCAAUGCAACAAAGAAGAGAAAAUCAGACCAUUUUGCUGAAGGCCAUUGUAAAUAAUUCUGAUUUCCAAAAUAUUCCAUGUAUUUGCCAAUCCUCCAGGAGGGAACAACAGUCUCAUACUAAACACACAGAGUGUGAAUCCAAGAGGGAUGUGAAUGUUGAUCAUCAAGGAUCAGGGUCAGCAGCUAAAAAAAUUUCCAGUAAAGAAGUAGAGCAUAAUACUUACUACCUGAUGAUAAUACAUAUCAACAAUUCUAUAGUCGGAGGAGGAAAUGCAGCCGAAGAACACCUAAAUCAUUCUUGUCUAAUGGCAAUGAUGGAAGACCAAAAUGACUGUAUAAAUAUUUCACUGCAACUGAAGUCCUAUGUGGAAUAUCCAAUGUGUACAACGAAGAUCAUUUGGCUCACUAUGAUUCCAGUAGUUUUUGUGCUUACUAUUUCAAUUGUCAUCUACAAAAUAGUCCAGGAAAAUAAAAACAUCUGUUAUAAACAUAGAGUAGCAACAUCAGUUUCUACUAUUCUAAGAAGAAAAGGUUCCAGACAUUCAAGAAGAACCAUAUCUGCUACUAAAAUUCAUCCUUAUCCUGUGAAAACUAGAAAACAACAGAUUCCACUUACUGCACAGACCACAAAGAUACUGCCUGUAAUUCUUGAACAAGAGCAUUGUCAUGUGGAUCAACUCUAG